CCCAGUUACAAAAUGGGUCAUGAGCUCAGUGUGGGACGGCAAGGCACGCGUUUAAAAAGUAUUCCUGUUUAGUAUGCAUGAGCUUCAUCUUUGGUGAAAAAAAUGGCGGGGUAUCUAUCUCUAAAUUACGGAUAGAUUUUACAGAAAUUUGUGAUGGAGGAUCGAGAUAGAAUCUCCCCAUUACAGCAGAUGAUCGCCUCAUCCUGUGGGGCCAUGCUUACCUCACUCUUUGUAACCCCCCUGGAUGUGGUGAAGAUCCGUCUCCAGGCCCAGGAGAGACCUCUGAAGGCAGGCGAGUGCUUUAUAAUGAACAACGGCCUGAUGGAGCAUGUAUGUACAUGCGAGAACGGAGAUGCCUGCAAAGAAGAUGUGCAUUGGUAUAAGAAGAGAAUACCUGGACCCAAGCUUACAGGGACAGCAGAUGCUAUGAUAAGAAUUGCAAGACAUGAAGGGAUACCUUCACUGUGGAGUGGGCUGUCACCAACUUUAGUGAUGGCAGUUCCUGCUACCAUGUUAUACUUCACUGUGUAUGACCAGCUCAAGUACAAGAUGGGCUAUAGAGAAGACAACAGAAAGACUGCUUUUGUUCCUGUACUGGCAGGCAUGUCUGCCAGAGUCUUAACCACAACUGUUGUCUCUCCUCUGGAACUGAUACGUACGAAGAAGCAGUCUCAGCAUCUCAGUUACGGCCAGUUAGGUCUCGCAGUCCGCGGCGCCAUGAAACAUGGAGGAGUGCUAUCACUGUGGCAGGGUCUUGGACCAUCACUUCUCAGAGAUGUGCCCUUCUCAGGUAUAUACUGGUGUAGUUACGAAAUUUUCAAGACGUUAAUUGCUGGAGAAAAUGCACGUGAGCCAUCCUUCUGGCAAGCGUUCGCAUCUGGUGCUAUAUCUGGCACUAUUGCUGGAGUCCUAACUUUACCAUUUGAUGUAGUCAAAACCCACAGGCAAAUUGAAAUGGGAGAUAUGGAACGUAAAGGACAAAUGAACAAAGUGACAACGUCAACUUUGAAAUUAUUGAUGGAAAUGAGAAGCAAGAAAGGAUAUAAUUCCUGGUUUACAGGAAUAGUGCCCCGGGUGGUAAAAGUGGCCCCUGCCUGUGCCAUUAUGAUAGGAUCUUACGAGUAUGCCAAAUUAUUUUUCAAAAAAACCAAUGCUGCUCGCAGGCAUGUGGAAGAGGAACUAGACCAUGCAUCCUCUCGAAGCUGGAUUUCUUCAGAUGGACUGUUCAAGUCCUCAGUAGCACAUACAUUUCAAGUGAAUGCGGGCUCUAAUAAAACAUAGCCGCCUUAGAAUGCCUGAAUAUUAUAUGUAAUUGAAGUCAAAUUGUUGCAAUAAGAUAGUGUGUGAAACCAGAACUCGCAUAGGUUUUCAGGUUCAAGACUGAAAAAGAUACUUACUAUGGACAAAUACUGGUCUCAUAAAAUUGUGAUGGAAAAUAUAAUGUGUUGAAUUCAAUGUGCAUUUGAAUUGGAUUGAAUUGUGUGGUAUUUCAAGCCUACAGCAACCAAAGCUCAAAAGGAAUAGUCUGACAAGGAUUUUGUAUGCAUUAUAUUGAAGUGCACAUCUGCCCGAUUUGACAGGGUUCCUGUUUUUACUUUAUUUUUUGAACAAAAUAUGCAAUGAUUUUCAGUGCAGAUUUGACAGAUUUGCUUAAAUACAUAUUAUAUAACUCUGUGUGAUGAUUAUGACUGUCAGAUAAAUUACCAAGUGUGUGUUCAGCAGAUAGUAUGGAGGUCAAGAUAAAGCUAAGUGUUGAAAAUAUAGAAAGAAUAGCAUUGUACUGCCUCAGAAUAUAAAAGACUGUAAAAAUAUUAAAAAUAACAGGAUGAAACUCCUUGAUGGAGAAUCUUUAUAAAUCUUUAUAUAUAUAUUUAUGAUUAAGUGUACUUGGCAGUAAGGGUCAUCAAUUAUAGUCUACAGCUUUUGAAAAUAACAAUGAAAUGUCUAAUGUCAUUUUCAUUGAAGCAGGUAUAUUUAUUUAAGCUUCACAGUUGUAUUAUUAUGAUAAUUUUUGAAGUAGAAUCAACCAUAUUUUUAGCAUUUUUGCGGGUUGAUAUGUGGAAGAGGUCUUAAAUUUUAAUGGUAGACUUUUUUCCUUUGAUUUAUUUCAAUUAGAAUUGUAUUGAUUUCAUUGAUAAAUGUAUAAUUCAUUUUUCUGGAGAAAAAAGUAAACGACUUCAAAUCUUCCAUACAUGUGAAAUUUUUACGUCCAAAUAAUUGCUUUAUGUAUAGCGCACAUUUACUGUUUAAAGCUCAAAUAUUUGUUUUAAAAAGGUGAAUUAGUAAAAAAUUAUUUUACUAGCCAUGACAUUUAAAGAUUAGAAUUUAGAAGAUUUCCUGAUAUCAAAGAAUUUUCCAAUCCUACAGUACGUAGGGUUGCCAGUGUGUAGGCUGGUGCUUCACUAAAUAAACAAAAACAAUAGAAGACAUGCCAAAUAUAUGAUUUAAUAAAAUUGAGGUACUCUUAUGGAGACGGGCACAUGAUAAGCAUGGUUUUAAUGGCAUGCGUUCACGGCAAUGAACUGGGUGAGAGAGAGAGGGCUGUACAUUCAAGCAGUAUUACAUUUAGCACUGAAUAUUUGAUAUGAAUAAAUAAAUAUUUG